CCACCAGUCUAUGGUAGAAACCAGGUCACCUGAGCUCAUUCAGACUGGUUCUACGGGUUCUGAUCCACCUGACGUCAUCACCGACCGAGCUGAACUGGAGCUGAGACCUGGUUCUGUCCUCUGGACAGUUUAAAUCCUCCACGUCCGGAGGAGAAGAGUCUCUUUAGGGUUGUUAAAUUUAUAACGUCUCCUGGAUCUAAACAAACCGAUUCAGUUUAGGAAAAGUCAAAAUAAAUCAGCUGUUGUUCACUUCAUCAUCUAUAUUCAACAUAGUUAUAAUAAAACAUGUAUUUUAUAUAAGUAUUAAUGUUUUAAACCGAGCGGACUGGCGACUGUACGGCGCUGUCACUGCUUUCAAGUGCGCAGGCGCGGUCCGUCAUCCCGUCGUCAAGGAGACGGUUUGUUGUUUGUGAUCCACGAGGAGCCUGAAAACACCUGAAACACGUGACCACACGGAGAGAGACGGUAGCACGAGGACCCCGAGCUGCUUCAGGUCAUGGCAAGGUCAGAGUAUGAUGUCAUCAACUUCUCAACGCUGGAGAGAGAGCUGAAGGGGGCGAUCGAGUCUGAGCGGCGACAUCACCAAGAGAACGACGCCAAACUGAGAGCCGUCAACCAGGGAGUCUCCUCCUACUGCCAGUUCAGGGACCUGGUCCUGUCCUGCCACCUGAAGCCUCUGGAGAAGAAAGAUAAAGACAGAGCUCCACGGAAACAGCUUUGCAACCCGGUCGCCCCGACUAACAAGUGAUGAACUUUGUUUUACUGUGAUUGUAA